CCCCGGUACAACGAGUCCUUGGUUGUGAAUGGUGUGAGUCCCUUUGUCUAUGAACUGACAGUCUUACUUCCACUUCUUCUCAUGAUCCUGGCUUGAGUCUAGUACUCGGAUUGAGAGAGAUAGGGAACGUCUUAGAAGACCAGUUGACCUCGUAAGCUGCUAUAUGAUCUAGAAAAUCCUCUACCAACGAUCGGGGUUGUUUGUUGCUAUAGAGGUCUGGAGAGCUGCAUUGGUUUGAGUUAGGUUUGCUUGGGGACAAGCAAACGGUUAAGUGUGGGGGAAUUUGAUGACUCAAUAUUUGCACAUGUUUUCCCCUUUGUUUCUUGAUCGUUUAAGUUUGUAUUAUCGCUUCUUUGGCCUAUUUUAUGCUAGUUUGUGUUCCUUUGUCACAUUUCAGGUCCUAGCAUGUAAAUUGAAGCAUAGGCGCAAGUUUGAAGUCAAUCGGAGAUCAUUCGGCGAUUCGGGAGAAGAAACACGAGCAUGACCUGAGGAAUAAUGGACUUCUACCUCAUAUUAUUGACAAAUAAUCAUGUAGUUUUGUCAUUAAAAGAUAGAGGACGAGACUACGAGCGUCUGGGAUCAAACGGCGACUGAUUCGGAGUCCGGAUGAGGGGGAAACGAAGCAUUAAAUAGAGGCUGAGCAAGCCACACGGGCAAGACCCACACGGUCGUGUGAACUGGCCAUGUGGCCGUGUGGAAAUCACCGAGCCUUCACACGGGCAGCUGGGAAAGCCACACGGCCGUGUGGCCUGGCCGCGUGAUCGAGAAUUUCUGUUUAAAACUCGAUUUUCAGCCAAAGGAAAGGGGAGAGCUGGGUUUUUGGUUCCCAAACACCCAAGGGACGAACCCUAGAGAGAGAGAGCGACUUGGGAACAUUCUUGGAGCUAUUUUGGAGGAUUUCUUCGCCAUUGGAGCUCGGGAAUCAAGCUUUUGGAGAUGGAGAUUGAAGAUCUAGAUCAGAUUUCUGCAGUUUCUCUCUUCUCUAUGGAGUAACUUCCCUUCACUUAGGUUUUGAGGAACCCUAGUUCCAUGAGUUAGGAUCUUUCUUGUAUGAAGUUUUGGAUGCUAUAUUGUUUGAUUUUAAUCGAAUGAUGCAUGUUUAUUGAGUCAAUUGAAGUCUGAUCAACUUUUCCUGAUUCCUGCUGCAGUAUGAGAUAAAUAGAAUCUGAUUAGGUUGCUAGAGUCUCAUCAUUCGGUAGUAGGAGAUUGGCUAUACGAGAGUUAGCCAGUUUACUGCUUUGUACUGGAAUCCAAUUCCAGUAGUGGAGUUCUGUUCUUACUGCUUCAACUUUCUAUCCCGGUGAAGACUAGUCGUCUGCCGGGGAGUUAGACUGAGAGGGCUUGGUCAGCUUAAGAGAUUCCAAGCUACUGUCGGAUCUUCCGCAGUUUAAUCAACAGUAAAACAACCAAAAGGAAUUACAACUUGGACCUAAUUGAGGAGCUAGGGGGAAUCAUACCUAAGUGAGUUUCCAAACUGUAAUUAGUAGUUUUACUUAGUUUAGUUAGUAGAGUAGUUUAGAUAAUCAAUCCUUAAUCUAGUUUGCUAGAUAAUGAACUGAAGCUGAGUAAUAGUAACUCUAGAGACCCGUGGAUUCGAUAUUUAUUACUUGUCACUUUACUGCAUUCCCGGUCUGCGAUUACACUUGGUCGCAGAUUGGUGUUGUGUUUUAGGCCAUCAAGUUUUUGGCGCCGUUGCCGGGGAAUUUCUAGAGUAUUAGGAAAGGCAGAAGUUUGUUACUUUAGCGUUUUUAUUUUCUUUUCCACCCUUGCUUUUCACUUGGGUGUUUUUGUUUUUGUUGGUGCAGAUCUGAAUCAUGGAUCCUCAUGGCUUCUCCAACCAGUGGGGGUAUCCACCGCCAUCCGGGUGGUAUUACCUCGAGACUCCCUACAGCAAUCAAGGAGGAGAAGACUAUGGAUUCGGGUUCCAGUACCAACCCCCUUUCUACAGAGAACAACCAGACCCCUGGGCAUAUCAAGAACAACCUCAUUACCAAGAAGACUUUCUCCCACAACCAGAAGGGCCAUCGGAGCUGGAGUUACCCAUGGCGGCCUUCACGGGCCACUCUGCAGAGCCAUGCUACACUUCACUGGAAUAUCCGAACAAACAAUUAAGGCUUCUUGUGGAGCAGUUUGCUCGAGACACUGAGAGAUCAUGCUCCAAGAUGGAUCUUCAAAUCAAAGCCCUUGCCGCUUCCGAUCCCUCAUUUCUCCAUGAUAUGGAGGAGACUGUUCAGCUCUCAGCGAAGCAAACAGAGUGGGUGGAGCAAGUUUGCUCACAUCUUGCUCAAGAUCACCUUUCUGCUACCAUGCUAGAAGAGGUGGAGGAUGACAAAGGCUACGGGGAUGUUGAGGAGCAUACAGAAGUUAUCAUAGAGAACUCCCAUGAUAAUCAUGAUCAGGAAAGUCCACUGGUUGCAGAUCACACAUUUCCUUAUUUCUGCUCUAACAUGCUGGGCCCGAGCGAGGAGAUGCAAGAUGAUCUCAUUGAAGAAAUUACAUGGCGACUUGCUCUCCAGUUUAUGAUAGAAGAAGAAGAGCUGGAAAGGAUGCAGAAAGAAGUUGUGGAGUAAUAGUAACUCUAGAGACUCGUGGAUUCGAUAUUUAUUACUUGUCACUUUACUGCAUUCCCCGUAUGCGAUUACACUUGGUCGCAGAUUGGUGUUGUGUUUUAGGCCAUCAGUAUGGUUGCUCUAUCUAAAUCAAUCAAGCUCAAGUAGCAUGAGCUACCUAACACGAGAAUGACCCUUAGACACACGGCUCAAAAUGUUUGACUAAGGAAUAAUAUGAUCGGGUCGGUCAACUUUUGGGUCGUGGGCUAAUCCUAUGCCUCCAUCUUCCUUGCUAGCAACAAGGUGAAUGCUACACAUCAUGUAAAGGAGGAUCUAUCACACAAGAACGAAACGAACGACACAAGUCUCACAUGGCUACCUAGGUGCUCAAUCAUUCGUUCUAACUCCCUAAACUCGAUGCAUAGGCAAAUGGGAAAAGCAAGUGAUCGAUUCAAAACAUCUAUCGGUUCACAAACAUAUGAGAAAUGAACAUAUGCACAAACCUAAUACAUGUCUCAAUCAUCAUCAUAGGUUGCACAUAAUAACAAGAAAAUCAUCCAUAAACAAUGCUAAUAAGCACGAGAUUCAAAA